AACGCUGAGGUGCUCUCUCAAUAAGAGCGGCAGCGGGCCACCAGGCAAAGCCGAAAAAAAUUCACUCGCGGGGGAGCAUAAAGGCAAAAAGAAGCAGUAGCACCGCAGCAGCCACAGUCGCAGCGGAAUCAAAAGCAGCGCAGCCGCCGCUAAUUGUCGCGUCGCCGUCGUCGUAGUUGUUGUUGCUGUUCCCAGUGUUCGUGCGCUGCGUCGCAAAAAAGAAUCAUUUUCCCCCAAAGGAAAAUUCGAAAAGAGAAACAAAAAGUUAAUUUUUUUCCACAAGUUUUCACGGUAGAAUCAAUUGCACAAAAAAGUGGAGAACACGGAAAGGAGAAGCAGAAGCAGCAGCAGAAGGAAGAAGCAACAAGAAAAACGAGAGGAAAUCAAUAAUAAUAAUAACAAUAAAGCAGUAAAUAACAGAAGAAAGGAGAAGCAGAAUUGGGAGCCGUAGCGCAGCGGCCGGACCUGUGCCUGUGUGAGUGCAUGUGCCGCGUGUGUGCGUGCAUGUAGCAUGUAGUGUAGUAUUGUUGUAACAAACAAAACGAAAGGCGGCCAACAACAAUAUACAACAAGAAAACAUAAUGAAAGCAAAUGAGCGAAAUCAAGCAGCAGAAGCAGCAGCAACCGCGUCCAACAUCGACGACGACGUAGCAGCCGCCGAUGCCGCCGACGCACGGGAAGCACCGAAAACCGCAUGACAAGGAAAUGGAAAAUUUUGUUAAAAAUUCUUUGGAAAAGCGAACCAAAAACGCGAAUCAAAAAUUAACAAGAAUUCAAAGUAAAUCACAGAAACAGAGCAACUAAGAAAGAAUCACCAGCCAGGUGCCGCACCAGUAACAACAAAGAAGAAGCAGCUAAAGGAACUAAAGAAGAGGAAGAAUAAGAAACAGCAGUAGAGCAUCAGAAAUAAAGCAGUGCCGCUAACGGAGUGAGAAAUACAAAGCAGUGCAUGAAUAGGAAUAUAAGAAAAGGUGCAGGAAGAGGUGCAGUGCAAAAAGCAGUGGAGGUAGGAAGAAGAAGCAGGAGAACCGGCAGUUUGCGCCCCCGCCCUCCACCCUCACCCACACCCACAUCAACACCCUCUCAAACACACACACACACUCUUAUCACCGAACAACCAGCAGCUCCAUCUCCACCCACUCUCAUAGCAGGAGGACUGGGGGAUAAUACCAUGGCAAGCAGUGCAACAAAUGCAGCAAGCAUCAUACGCACAAGCACCAACAGCAGUAGCACUGCUCUGCCAUCACUAUUCUCCUCUGCCUCCGCCGCAGCCGCUGCCGCUACAGCAGCCACCUCGAAGGACAUGGACGGACUGAUUGCCAUAAAUGAUAGCGCAUUAUCGCAACAAAUCGAAUUUAUACUACAAGAUGCUCCCAUGGAGCAGGAUGAUGACCAUCAACAGCACCACCACCACCACCGGCACCACCAUCACCACCACCAUCAGCAACAGCAGCAGCAGCAUCAGCACCACCAGCCGUCGCAGCAGCAGCAGACGCAGCAGCACCACCACCAGCCGCAGCAGCAGCAGCCGCAUCUGCAACCACAUCAUCAGCUGGUAGUAGGAGCUGGAAGUGGAACAGCGGCGAAGCUCGAGAAUAACCACCCACCGACAACAACAACCGCUGCAGCAACCGCAACGGCGACCAACAGCGCUUCCGUUUCCACCUACACCACCACCAGCAACAGCAGCAACAACAACAAUCACCUGGAGGAGCAUCACCACCUGAUGAUCCAACAGCAGCAACAGCAUCUGCUAAAUGGCCGGCGCGUUAUCAUCCAGUCGACCGGUAACAGCAGCACGGCAACAGUACUGUCCGCCAGCGACAUCAAGGAGGAGGAGCUGGACGAGGAGGAAGAGGAUCCGGAGCUGAACGAUGAGAAUCUUCAGGAUAUCGAGGAGGAGGCCCAGGCGGCCGAAGCCGACGAGGAGCCAGAGACGACCGCGCAGCAGCAUCCGCACCUUCAGACUCGCGUCAAGAUCGAGGUGGAGGAUGACGAUAUGCCCGAAGACGAUGACGAUGAGGAGGAGGACGAAGAUGAAAACAUGUCGGUAGCCCAUCUCCAACGGCAGCAACAGGCCCAGGCUCAAGCCCAAGCACAAGCCCAAGCUCAGGCCCAGGCCCAAUUGGAAUAUCAACUGCAAACGACGCAAGCGGGUGGGGCAGGCGCCCAGCAGUUGGUGCAGCUGCCCGCCGGGGGUCUAAUGAGCACCUCGAGUACCCGCACUAUGACUGUGCCUGUCACCGAGGCGGCACUCGUCCAGCUGCAGCGCCGUCCCGUGUAUAUCAGCAAUGCUGUCGGCGGUCUGUCCGCCGGCACCACCUAUGUACGAAUGCCAGGAGCGGCCGUGAUCAGCCGGAGUCCGAUGACGGUGCUGAAUGUGGUGCAACAGGCGGCGGCCCUACCCGCCACCCAAUUGAUCCUGCAGGCCCAGAGCCCAACGCCUCAACAACAGCAGCCCCCACCCGAACAGCAUCAGCAACAACAACAGCAGCAGCAGCAGCAGCAGCAGAUGGUCAUAAACCAACAGCAGCAGCAGGCACAAUUGCAAUCACAGCAGCCGCAGCCGCACCAGCAGCCGCAACAGCAGCCGCAACAGCAGCCGCAGCAGCAGCAGCUACAGCUAUCAUCCCAUCCCGUGAAGCAUCAACAACCAUCGCCAGCAUCCAGCUCUUCCCCAUGCAGCAGUAGCGGUAGCAGUGGGGCCAGCAGCACGGGGGCCACCGCCAGCUCAUCGAGCAGCUACCAGUGCAUGGAGUGUGUGGAGAAGUUCGAGUCGAAGGAGCUGUUCGACAUCCACCGCAGCGGGCACGCCAACAACAUGAAGUGCGCCAUCUGCAACAUGGUACUCAAGUCGCUCAAGAACUACGAGAAGCAUUGCCUGCGAUGCAAGCCGUACGAAUGCCAGAUCUGCGGCCGGGUGGUACGCUUCCGGCCGAACUUCAUCAAGCAUAUGCGGGUGCACACGGGCCAGCAGUCGGAGCGGCACAAGUACAAGUGCGAGGUGUGCCACAAGGAGUUCAUGAGCUUCGAGUACUUCAAGGUGCACAAGAAGAUCCACAACGAGAACGUGAACCUCACCUGCGAGAUCUGUGGCAAGGUGUUCAGUGCCCUGGCUUCGCUGCGCGGCCACUCGAAGCUCCAUUCGGGGGUCAAGCUGCACAAGUGCGAUGUCUGCGGCAAGGGCUUUGGCCAGCGCUACAACCUGAAGAUCCAUGCCCGCACCCACACGGGCGACUUUCCCUUUGAGUGCAAAAUAUGCAAGAAGAAGCUCCACACACAAUCCUCGCUGCAAACGCACAUGCAGGUCCAUCUCAGGGACCAGCCGACGGCAGUAGCCACGCAGCAGGCAAAAGCCAGCAGUGCCAGUGUCAAUGCCAAUGCCAGUGCCAGCAGCCAGAACGGGGGGAGCAUCACCAAUAAUACCAAUACUACCACAACUAGCACCACCCAAACCCACACUGGCAGCAGCGGCAGCAACUCGAGCAACAGCAACAGUGCGACAACCGGUACGGCCACAACGAUUGUCAAACUGGAGCCGCCAAGCGAUCUGGAUAUGCCCAGCACAAGCAACAACAAUCAGCUGCAACAGCAGCACCACUCUCACCACCACCACAACCACCACCACCAACAACAACAGCAGCAGCAGCAGCAACAGCAACAACAGCAAAUGGAAUUGGACGACCAUUCUGGCCUCAGUGGGGACGAGGAUGUGAACUCUUCCUCGCAUAUUGUCAACUCAACCACCAAUCGCUUGACCACCGGUGAGGAUUCAUCCAAUGAGUCCUCGAAUGCCUCGCUACACAAUCAGCCGCACUCCUCCUCAUCCGCAGCCAGCAUCAGCUCCUCGCAUUCACCAUCUAUGCUGCAGCAGCAGCAGCAGCAGGUGCAGCCUACAGCAUCGUCGCAGUAUCUCAUGUCCACGCCCUCACGGACGAUUGUCAUCAAGAACUACAUGCAGCAGCAGCAGCAACAGCAACAUGCAGGCGCGGGACAGGGGCAGCAUCAUCAACAGAACGGACCCGAUCAGGGGGCUGUACUCCAUACGCAGGUCAUCCAGAGCGGUGCAGGCACCAGCAGCAGCGGCAGCAGCAGCAGCAAUGGCAGCGGGAACGCCAUCGUUAGCAAUGGUACACAGCAAUUGAUACGCAAGACGCCCAUCAUUCAUCACUCAACGAGUGGCAGUGGCAGCGGCACGCUGAGCUCCGCUUUGGCCAGUGUGGUGCAGCAACAGCAUACAGGAGGUGCAGGAGUUGGUUCGCCCGCUCAAUCGCCACAGUCAUCGUCGUCAACGUCUGGCUCCUCCACCACUGUGCUGGUGUCCAAGGCCACGGGUGUACCCCUAUCGAUAGCAUCCUCGGCAGCGGCGGCGGCCGCCCUGGCCGGUUCCACUAUCAUACGGAGCACACGCAGUCAUAAUCAUAUACAGCAACAGCAGCAGCAGCAUAGCAACAGCCAGAGUCAGAGUCAACAGCAGCAGCAGCGUGGGUCAGGAGCUGGGACGCAGCAGCGCAAUAACCACCGAAACCACCACCGACGUCGUCAUCUCGCAGACAUGGAUGAUGACGACGAUGACGAUGAGGACGAAGAUGCAGCCACAGCAGCCGCUCAAUUGCAGUUGCAGCGCCAUGGCCAACAGUCGUCGAUGUCCGCCAGCCCCCACCACCACCAGCAUCAGCAGCACCAUCAUUCACACCAUCAACAGCAUCAGCAGCAACAGCAGCAGCUCCAUCAUCAUCAUCACCAUCAUCAUCACAAUCAUCAUUUCGAUGAUGACGAUGACGAUGAGAAAUCAUCACCGUCCCUGGCCACGGCGGCCAUCAAGGUGGAACCGAAUCUCUACUCCUCCGGCUCCGGCGACAACUCCAACGAUAUGUUCAUCAAGGAGGAGGUGAUGUUCGAGGACUCGGCCGCCCCACAUUCACCACAAUCGCCGCCCAGCUCAAAGUUUCGCAUCUCGAACUUCGAUGGCGAUCUGGUCGAUCAUCAUGUCGAUUUGAAUCACUCGCUACCGCCGUAUGGGAACCUGUUUGAGCCGCAUUCGAUACCCGAUAGCAUACCCGUGCAACUCUAUCCGGAUGAUGAUGAUGACUUUCGGCUGGACCAUAGCUCGUUGGGUGGACUUCAUAAUACAUCGUCAUCGACCACAGAUGGGGACUUUAUCAAAAAGGAAUGGGUCUAUGGCACCGGCACCAGUUCCUAUGCCAUGAAUGGUAAAUUCGACGAUGACAGCGAUGCCCUAUGCGAUGCUGCAAAUUUCAUAUACAAUUGAGAGUGAGCGUCGUCGCAAUUGUCGGUCAGCCAGAGAGGAGCGACAGGAAUGGAAGGGUACAGGAUAUACCUGGACAUGCAUACGCACAUUUUGGCAAGACAAUUGUUUGGAUAUAUGUACAUCAUAUACGAUAGAUAUAUAUAUCUCUCUCUCUCUCUCUCUCUCUGUCUCUCGAUCCCUGGUCACUUCUUCUGUGGCACCGUUUAAACACAAUCAAUCACACACACACACACCCCCACACAAACAACAUAGAUAUACAU